AUGGACUACACACUUUUCAACAACCAUCACCUUGAAGAAAUUGAUGAUGAGUCUGCAAAUUUGAUCAUCCAGCUUCAGCUCGAAGAUAUUGAGAACAUAUCUCCCAAAAGUAACGAUCGCCCCAAUGACUUAUGUGGCAUCUCACUCGCACUCGAACUUCAAAGAACAGAACUGGAAAACAUGGCUUCAGUUUUGUCAAAUCGUCGUGUGGCGAGAAAUAUGGCAUCGGACGUUCAAGCUCAUGGGAAUACCUUAACUCGAAUGGCAUCACGCGUUUUGUAUUUUGCCAAAGAUUAUACGAUGACUCUAUUACAAUCAUAUCCAGGCUCUCGCCCAACCAACACUACACCAGAACCCGAAACCCCGUCUUUACCCCAGGCACCAACCAAUGACGAAUCUACCUGCGUUAGCUGCCAGAAUAUAAUAAACUCAUCGGAUGCAGCCAAAGUUCCCGGUUCAUGCGGUCACGAAUAUUGUCGUGCUUGUCUUGAGACCUUGUUUCACUUGUCAAUGAGAGAUGAAUCAUUCUUUCCGCCCCGCUGUUGCAACGAGUCCAUUGCUGUCGCCAGUGUACAUUCUUUUCUUAAAGCUGAUACCAUAAGCGCUUUUGCAAAGAAGGCGCUCGAGUUUGAGACACCGAACAGAAUCUACUGCAGUUCCAAGUCUUGCUCAGCUUUCAUUCAUCCGACCAGGAUUCAGAGUGAAAUAGCAUCUUGCGAUGAAUGCGGCACACAAACUCAUACCUUGUGCAAACUAGGAGUACACACCGGAGAUUGUCCACACGAUACGGUCUUGAUGGGGGUUUUGGAUCUAGCAAGAAAAGAAGGUUGGCAGAGAUGUUACUCAUGCUGGAGUUUGGUGGAGCUUGAAUUCGGAUGCAAUCAUAUGAAAUGUCGAUGCAGAGCCGAGUUCUGUUACCUCUGUGGCUCGAUGUGGAAAAGCUGCAGUUGCCCGCAGUUGCAAGAGGACCGCUUGGUAGCUCGUUCAAUUGAAACUGACAAUUACAGAAUUGAACAUCGCCUGCUUGAACGUCCUCAUCACGCCGUUGGACACGGAGCUCAAUUUGUGGUAGCUGUACCAGCUCGUCUAAAUAAUCCUGCACGUGAGCAAAUAAGAUGGUACACAUGUUAGACUUGUCGAUAGUUUCGGGGACAACUCAUUAUUG